UUAGCAGAAACCGAGGGAUCACUGUGGGAGGAGAGUCGGACUGCAGACUCCACCAUGAACCCUACACACAGCUCCAUCUGCUGCAGUUGUGCACUAAAGGUCCAUGCACUGAAUCACUUCUGGAUGCUGUACCCUCUGCUCUGCCUGGUCGCUCUGCCCCACUGGGCAGUGGUUGCUGAGACUCUCUGUGGCUCUGAGCUGGUGGAUACACUCCAGUUCGUAUGUGGUGAUCGGGGUUUUUAUUUCAGUAAAAGUUCCUCAUACAUAAAAUACAAGUACAGCAUAAAGAAGCAGAGUAAAGGAAUCGUGGAGGAAUGCUGCUUUCGAAGCUGUGAUCUGCAGCUGCUGGAAUCGUAUUGUGCCUCUCCCCGAACAUCACGCUCUGUGCCACCGUUAACCACCAUCAGGCCCCAGGAUGAAAAUUUAAAGACCUCAUAUAAAGAGACCUCCAAGUCUGCCAAGUGGAUUUCAGAAUUACUGGGACUUAAAACAAUGGCGGAAAUCAGAGCCUCGCUAGGAAACCAACAUGUGAUACGGGAUCUGAGUCCAUCCCAGAGUCAAACAUCCUUGAUGGCACUGUUAAGCAAGUCACCAAAGAAGGUUCCAGAACUUCAGAUAACAAACUUACGAUAGUACCAAGGAAGGAGUGAAGGCAGGAUGCACUAGUUUCCGCUGCCCCUUCCUGUUCAAUGUUACUGUGAAUUCAACACUAGUGUUGAAACUUGGAAUGGAGAAUGGAGUUGGAAUGAACCAAUGCCUCUUCUUUCAGUGAAACAUUUUGCUCUUCGCUUUAGCUCAAGCUAGUCUGACCUGAUUUUCCCAUUUUCUUCCCCCACCCCUUACUCCACUGCCCCACAACUUCACAUUCUCAUUAUCUAGCCCCAUUUGGAUACCAGGCUUUAUAACUAGCAUAAAGGAACUCUCAAACUUAUAAUGCAAGGGACAGAGAGCUUCCAAAUAUUCAGUCUCAAAUUGCCCUCGGCCCAGUAACUGAUGACUACUCUUUAUGGACUUCUUAUUUAAAGAAGUAUGAAGAAAUUUGGAUGAUUUAAUAUGAAAAGUCAUAUACAAACACACCAAGCUUCCUGCAGCAGAAUACAAGAGGACUGUGUCUCCACAGACACCAACAAGAACAAAAGAACCAGAAAUCAUCAGUGAUGGAGCAAUAGGCUCAGUAGCUCUGAAUCCACGUUUUGACAAUUACUGAGAAGCUGGUGUGAAUACAUUUGCAAUGGGCCUUCCUUCAGGCCCAUCACUCUGUAAAGUUUGAAGCAAAAUGAAAUUGAAGGAAGUGCCCCAUUGGACAAUUCCACAAAGACUUUAAGUGCACCUUAUUUAAUGAAGAGAGUUCUGAAAAUUUCACUGCCGCUAGUUGAUCCCAGCGAGUGGUGUGGAUGUCGACUGUGUCUGAUGUCAAACUUCCUGCACAUGUAUUUAAUGCCUGUUGAGUUAUUUGUAUGUAUUCAUUGUAAUUUCUCUAGUAUCCUGUACCAGCGAUACACUUCAGUAUAGCACCACAACACUACGUUUAAGCUGUUUUACGAGCAAGUGAAUUAACGAGUAAAUGUCUCUUUUAAAAAGCACUAGAUCAAAGUACCACAACAUACAGGAAACCUUCACUAACGUUUCAGUGUGUUAGGAAUGUCAACACUUAAGCAACACUAUAAUGCAUUAAUGUUAUGUUACGCAGCAUUACAUCACUCUCUCACUCAUCUUCAGUAUUCCUGAUAAUGGCAUACUUUAUAAUCCACAGCAUUUUCUCAUCUUUCCAUUUUCAGCGUGCAAAAAUAAAUUCCAUUGGUCCAUGAUUGCUUGGGAAUGACCAUCAACUAUGUUAGGGGAUGGAGGCUCAGGAACACUCAUAUCCAAACUUACUCACUGCUGGUUCAAUAGAUUUUUAAAACCCUAAUUUUCCUUGGCACCAAUCUCAUCCUCUCCCUGAUCCUGACUCAGGCUGAACCUAAGUCACAUUCACAGCUUCAGCAUCCCAUUUAACCCUGAGCUGAGCUUCUGACCCCAGAUGCACUCCACUACCAAGAGAGCCUUCUUCCAUCUCCGCAAUACUGUCUUGUCUUCGCCCCAUCAGCUGUGAAAUUCAUCCCUGCUUUUGUUGCUGUCAGCUGCCUGGGCCCUAUGCUCUGGAAUUCCUCCCUAAACCUUUACAUCUCUCAAUCAAUUUCCUCCUUUUAGAGCCUCUUUGAAAUCUACCUCUUUGACCAAGCUUUUGGUCACCAGUCACACAGAAUCUCAGUGCAGAAGAGGCCCUUUGGCCCAUCGAGUCUGCACUGACAUGUGAGAAACAUCUGACCUACCUACCUAAUCCCAUUUACCAGCACUUGGCCCAUAGCCUUGAAUGUUAUGAUGCGCCAAGUGCUCAUCCAGGUACUUUUUACAGGAUGUGAAGCAACCCGCCUCCACCACCCUCCCAGGCAGUGCAUUCUAGACCAUCCUCUUGCCUCCUUCUUUAGUGCAGUUUAUGCUGGAAUGUUUUGCUAUGUUAAAGGCAGCAUGUUAAAGCAAAUUGUUGUGAAACGAUUAAAAAUGUCACAAUGGUGGAGAGGGGAAUUUGACACUGGGUUAGACAUUUAUCCACUAGCAUCAUAAACACUCAUUUUGUGCUCCUACUGUUUCAGGAGGACAGACACUUGGCCUAUAGUGUUGUAGUUCCUUGUGAGUACAGAUCACAUAGAGAUUACAACUCAGAAACAAGCACUUUGGCCCAACCAGUGUGUGUCAUUGUUUGCCCUUCAUGUGAGCAAAUAGCUUCAAUCACAUUUAUCCAGCCUGACCCACAUCCCUCCAUCCCCUUUUCCAUUAUCUGCCUAGCUAAUUGAAUGGAUCCAUCUCCUUCAUUACAUUAUAAGCAGAGUAGGAAUGACUUCUCCUGGAGAAACCAGAAAGCUGAUUAUUCCUGGAGAAACACAUUUGAGGGAAUCUUCCUACCAUUUUCACAAUGUCACAAGCAUAGAGCAACCAAUGACAAUCUUCUAUUUCCUAGUGAUGGUCUUAGAUAUAUGAUGAAUAAAUUUGUACUGUCAUUUUCUAUUUGUAUUUAUUUAUAAUUCUGUCUGCUUUGUGAAAUCGAUGCAUUGUACAUCAGCAGAAAGCCAGGAAUUGGUUUUGAAUUUUUAUUGAAAAUAAAAUUCUACAGCAUUUAACACCAA